AUGUGAAAUCCUCUCGCUGUUCCCCUCAGCCUUUUUUUAUGUCGUGUGUGGGACAAAGAAAAAAAAUCUCAAGUCCUACACUUCCUUAAAAGAACGGGCCUUCUUCCUCCGCUCUCUCCCCUUUUCUAUAUAUACAAUGUCACGGCAAUUCGGUUCACGUAGUGUAAGGUGGAGUUUUAUUAAUAACAAAAACACAUACAAAACUCUCAAAUAUUCGCCUGCCUUUCCCUGCAUGAAUAUAAGAACUGCCUGUCUCAAGAUCGUGAACUGACUUUCCUUUUAUUCUUUUAUAUGAUAAACAGAUCGUUCCAACAUCUCCACAAUCGUUCGGCCCUUUUGGGUGAUUCCCGACAGUUCUCCACACCAUCACCGACGCUGAACGACUCCCGGUCAUCAUCUCCAAAUUCCAAUGGCUCUACUUUUAAACCAAAAAUGAACGAUUCUGAUUUGGAGCAACUAGAGAGCCAGAGUGAUGAACGGAUAACCGGCUUGUCAGCUAAAGUACAAGUUCUGAAAAAUAUCACUGGCAAGAUUGGUGACGAGAUUCGAUCAGGCAACAGUUUAUUGGAUACCAUGAACAACCAGUUUGGAGAUACCGGUUCGGUUUUAGGACGGACAAUGCACAACUUUAAGAUCAUGGCAGAGAAGGAAUCGGGAGCAACGAUGUGUUAUUUGAUCUUCGUUAUCGUUUUGGUGGUUAUAAUUGCAUACUACUGGUUUUUUAAAUAAGACGUUUUCAAAAAAGCAUACUUUAUCCUAACUACCACGCACUCGCAGGCAUGUUGGCAUAGUUACAUUGUUACGAUGACGUUUAAUGUACUCCAUAGCAACCGAUGUGUCUUUUUAUAACACUGACGUA